AUGCGACUAGCCUCGCUCGCGUCGAUCCUUUGCAUCUCCAACGUUCGCGUAACAGGCACGACGUAUGCCGCGCGGAGCAUCUUGCGGGCGCGGCCGGACGAGUCCGAGAACGGAUGUCCCGACCUUGACCUGUGGCGUCGGAGUUUGAACGCGAUUCCUCGGGACGCUAACGGUCCUCGGCAUUGCCUCGCGAACCUGAACCAACUGAACGAGUCAGCCGCCACGGCCCAGUCGGUUGUCGCGGACGAACCCGAUGUCGUCGUCGUGGUUGCGGAAUUGGUGCUGUGGCACAUCACUGCCGCCUCGCUAGAGCUGCCGCCCACCAACGAGACGUGGGAGCUGCACGCGUAG